AUAUACAAACUAAUUAUUAAAAAAGGGAAAGGAAGGAAGGCUAAGGAAAGGAUCGACAAAGAAAUAGAAAAAAGGUGCAUUGAUCUGAUGCGUCACCUGCAUUGCAUUGCAUGGGUGCAACGUGUUGUAUACAUAGAGUAGCACCUCCCUAUGCCUAUUCCUAUACCUAUUAUCCCCCAUUUUUCUCAUUUCUUUUCUCCUUAAUUACUUCAUAAUUCCAUCAGUUCCCAUUUCUCUCCAUUAUCUAUCCAUGGCGCCCUCCUCGUCUCUUCGAGUUUCUGCAGCAAUUUGUGUUUUUCUCCUCGCAUCGCUCUCCGUGCGCUGUGAUGACGAUGAAGAUCAUCUUCUUCAAGGUAUCAACAGUUACAGGCAAUCCAAAAGCUUGCCGGCCCUGGCGAAGCACGACAAGGCAAACUGCUUGGCGGGCGAGAUAGCCGACGAGAUAGAGGACGAGCCGUGUCCGAGGCCGGGCGCUCCGAGCAGCCCACCGAGAGUGGCCAACUUGCAGAAGCACCUGGACAAGUGCGGCAUAGAUGGCAACAGCACCAAGGACGGUAUGGUGCUGCCGGUGUGCGUUCGGAAACGAGUCCCCACGCUCGUGCUCACCAAUUACACUCAGUCCCAGAACGCAAAGUACCUGAACGAUUCCAAGUACACCGGGGCCGGAAUCGGGACGGAGGACGACUGGACGGUGUUGGUGCUCACCACCAACACUCAAACGGGGAUGUUCGCCGCCGCGGCAGCGACAAGUGUAACGAAUCCUUUGUUUUGUUUGUUGCUGGGGGUGUCCCUUUUCCUACUGCGCCAGAAUUGAAGUAUUAUAUUCCCUUGUCGUGUGGUGUGGUGUUUAUGUUAAUUAGUAUGAGAUGUUUGUAGUGGUGUUUUCCGUAUGUACCUAGUACUAGUAAAAGGAGCAAUAUCUAAUUAUCUA